AUGACCCAGGAUAUGAUGCAUGUUUGGAUUUUAUCUUUGUGCGUGUGGACCACUGUGUUAGUAUUUGUAUUGGGAAAAGAUGAAAAUUCCCAAAGUUCUAUAAAUUUAUGGUGGAAUAGCUCAAACCCAAUGUUUAUGACUGGUGGUGCAAAACUCAAAGUGGUCAUAUAUACCACUCUUGACAUAAUAUGUCCUUAUACACCGGAUACUACAGAAUACGAGUACUUCACGCUGUAUAUGGUAUCAGAAGAAGGAUUUCGGGACUGUGUUUUUGCUGAAGGUAGCAUACCUGUGGUUAUCUGUAGUACUCCUGACAGACCAAAGCGAUAUACUCUUUUGUUUGAGCCAUUCAGUUCUCUUCCCGAUAUUAUGGAAUUUAGUUAUAACAAAAGUUAUUACGUUGCAACGUUCUCAUCGGAAAGCAAGGAUGAUCUGAAUACGGAUAGGCGCUUGUGCAGCGAACAAAACAUGAAACUCAACCUUACUGUUGUCCCAUAA